UAUGAAGAACUGAAGGAUUUAAUUAGACAAAUGAAGAACUCAAAAAAGAUCAAAGACAUGUCGAAAGUUUUAGAGAUAUUCGAUGACUUAACGCGAGCUUUCCAGAAGGCAAAGCCGCUCAUCGACAAAGAUGUCGGCUUCACACCGCGCUUUUAUCUUCGCUGCUUGGUCGAGUUGGAGGAUUUCAUCAAUGAGGAACCUGAUCCGGCAGGCUACUCAUCAGUGGAAGGUUCUGCAUCAGAAUCAGAGUCGGAGCCAGAAGGCUAUGGUUAUCUGAAAACGACUGCUCCGUCAGCUCCCGAAGUGGAAAAAGAAAGGAAAAAGCCAAGGAAGGUUGAAGGCGAGUCAUCAGAAGAGGAGUCCAGCGAUGAAUGGGUCAUGAGCAGUUCUUCUGAAUCAGAGUUGGAAGACCUCACUGGCAAAAAGAUGGAAGAAAUGAGAAAAUUUUUUCUAAAGAGCACUACGAAAGACGAAUACGAGAAGGCAAAGAAAAAGGUUGACAGAAAAAAGCGGCGAGAAGAAAAAGAGAAGGUGUUGGAAGACCGUGAAGAAGACGAAGGCGAUUGGAAACAGGUGUCUGCCGGAGUGCCAAUGAUUGUCGAGAAGCCGAAGAUGUUCGAGAAAGAUGCAGAAAUAACCCGAGAAGACGUGUUGAAGAAACUGAACGAGAUUAUGAUGGUGCGUGGGAAGAAGGGAACCGACACAAGAGCGCUGCUGGAAAUGCUUGCUGAAUUGCGGACCAUCAUCGACGCGAACAAGUUCGGGAAGCCAUUGGAUGCAAAGGUGCUCUUCGCGAUUGUCGCCAAUUACUUCGACUGCAACCAGAAGAACGCCGACUGCAUGGUUCACGAUGCAUGGCGCAAUGCUCUGAUCCAUAUCGGUAUUUUAACACAGCUGUUGUUGGAACAUCCAGAGAUUCAUUGCGGCGAAGACGUUUCUGAAGAAAACGAGAACGUGAUAGAUGACUCUCGGCCGUACAGAAUACGGUCAUGUAUUUUAACAAUGCUCGAAAGGCUCGACGACGAGUUCACGAAAAUCUUACAGGAUGCCGACUGUCACAGUACAGAAUACGUAGAGAAGUUGAAGGGCGAACAGGAUUUGUGCAAGCUGAUGGAAGAAAUGCAGAAACAUUUAGAAAAGAGUAACGCGUCUGUCGAAGAGAUGUGCAGGUUCUUUAUUCGUCGCAUUUCCCAUAUUUAUUAUAAGGUAGGAUUCAAGGGCAUUUUAUUUUAUUUUUUGACGAUGAUCAUCUUAUUACACGAUGCAUCCGGACUUAGAAGAUAG